AGCCCUUAAUGUUUAUCACUUUUGAACGGCUGGAUUUUCAUCACAAGAUUGAUCACAGUUCAACUGAAACUUUUGUCUUCAAACGUGAUCAAGACCAUGAUGGACAACACAGAAGUAGGAUCUACCAUGUUAGCUAUCAAAAUUGGUUUAGCUGUCGCCAUUUUCCUUUUUAAAACUGGUUUGACCCUUAAAGCCAUCGAAUUAUGCCAAGAAUGCUCGAUUUUAUUGAACAAUGGAGGAUUAGGCACAGACAGUCCAGUUGCCAAAUCAUUUCGCGAACGUAUCCGUAUCACAAUAAAAAGAGCCUGGUUCACAUUAUGGAAUUCACCAGGUUUUAAAGAAUACCACAUGGAGCUUUUACUUCACGCCAAAACAAGGUUUAUAGAGGCAAAAAACUAUUUUGAAUUAGCGUUAAGUAUCAUGAAAACGACCGGCAACAGACAAGGAGAAGCAGUGUAUUACAGAAGACUAGGAAAACUGCUGCUCUCCUCAGGAAAACAUAACAAAGGUAAAGAAUGUUUGGAGAAAGCAAUUCAAAUAGACAUGCAACUUGGUAACAAAAGAUGCCUGGCGGUAGACUAUGAAGAGCUCUUAUUGUUCUAUAAGCUGGGUAAAUAUGAGAAGGCCAGAGAAUACCUGGAGAGAGCACUCACUAUCCAAAUAGAAAUUGGCGACAGAAGUGGAGAGGCAUCAAGCUGCAGACAUCUUGGAAUACUGUUCCGAUCGCUCCGUAAAUAUGAGAAAGCCCGUGAAUACCUGGAGAAAGAACUCGCUAUCAGAAAAGAAAUUGGCGACACAAAUGGGGAAGCAAUGGUCUACGGAGACCUCGGAACACUAUUCCGAUCACUUGGCAAAUAUGAGAAGGCCCGAGAAUACCUGGAGAAAGCACUCACUGUCGAAAUAGAGAUUGGCGACAGAAAUGGAGAGGCAUCAACUUACGGAAAGCUCGGAAACCUCUUCAAAUCACUCGGCAAAUAUGAGAAGGCCCGAGAAUACUUGGAGAAAGCACUCACUGUCCAAAUAGAAAUUGGCGACAGAAAUGGACAGGCAUCAAACUAUGGAAACCUCGGAACACUAUUCCUAUCACUUAGCAACUAUGAGAAGGCCCGAGAAUACCUGGAGAAAGCACUCCCUAUCCAAAUAGAAAUUGGCGACAGAAAUGGAGAGGUAUCAAGCUGCGAAUGCCUCGGACUACUGUUCCAAUCGCUCGGUAAAUAUGAGAAAGCCCGUGAAUAUCUGGAGAAAGCACUCACCAUCUUUAUAGAAACUGGCGACAGAGAUGGAGAGGCAACAAGCUACAUACAUCUCGGAACACUAUUCCGAUCAAUUAGCAAAUAUGAGAAGGCCCGAGAAUACCUGGAGAAAGCACUCCCUAUCCAAAUAGAAAUUGGGCAGAGAGAUGGAGAGGCAUCAACCUACGUAAAACUCGGAAUAUUGUUCCAAACGCUAGGUAAAUAUGAAGAGGCCCGAGAAUACGUGGAGAAAGCACUCACGAUCCAAACAGAAAUUAAAAACAGAUAUGGGGAGGCAUGUGCCUACGGAGAACUCGGAUCACUGUUCAAAUCGCUCGGUAAAUAUGAGAAGGCUCGAGAAUACCUGGAGAAAGCACUCACUAUCCAAAUAGAAAUUGGCGACAGAAAUGGAGAGGCAGUAAACUAUGGAAACCUCGGAACACUAUUCCGAUCCCUUUGCAACUAUGAGAAGGCCCGUGAAUACCUGGAGAAAGCACUCACUAUCCAAACAGAAAUUGGUAGCAGGAAUGAUGAGGCAGCAAAUUAUGGAAACCUCGGAAACCUGUUCCAGUCGCUCGGUAAAUACGAGAAGGCCAGAAAUUACAUGGAGAAAGCACUUAAUAUCAAAAUAGAGAUUGGUGACAGAUAUGGAGAAGCAUUAAACUACGGAAACCUCGGAGUACUGUUCACAUUGCUCGGCAAAUAUGAGAAGGCCCAAGAGUACCUGGAGAAAGCACUCACUAUCCAAAUAGAAAUUGGCGACAGAGUUGGACAGGUAAACAUUUAUGGAAACCUGGCAGCUACAUUUCUGUGUCUCGGUAAAUAUGGAAAGGUUGAGGAAUUUGUAAAGAAAGCCGCGCCAAUCUGGAGGGAAAUUGGUGACAGAGAAGGAGAGGCAAUACAUUUCAGAAACCUUGGGAAGAUUUCUCAGAAGCGUGGUGAGUACAACGAUGCUCUAAAAUAUUACAAGAAAGCCCUUAAAAUUAACAUGGAAAUUGGUAGGAAAGAUGAUGUUGUGGUCAAUUACGAAGAUAUAGGGACGUGUUUCCAAUCGAUCGCUAAAUAUGACAUGGCCGAGGAAAACCUCAAGAAAGCUCUCACAUUAAGUAGGGAUAUUGGACACAAGUUUUAUGAGUUGCAUUGCCUUUGUAGUCUAUCGGCGAUGAAGGUGUCACUAUUCGAUCUUGAAGAAGCCCAUUCGUUUCUUUUCCAAAGCAUUGAAGUAUUCGACAUUUUGCGAAGUUAUCUUGAAAACAGCGAUGAGUUGAGAACAUCACUUUUGGAGACACACGGCACCUUUCCCUACGACUUGCUCAGUUGGUUGCUUUCUAGGACUGGAAAGCCACAAGACGCCCUUUACGUCGAGGAACUGAGACGGGCAAGAGGCUUAGCCGACUUGAUGGCCGCUCGGUACUGUGUCACCGAAAAGCAGAUGUCAGGCGAUCCACAGUCUUGGUGUGGUAUUGAACACAUUGUCGCAAAGGAAACUGACUGUGUCUGCCUUUACAUCUCUGUUGGAGAGAAGGAUGUACGUUACUGGAUUCUAAAACCUACAGGAGCUAUCCUCUUUACAAAAGAAAAAGUGAGCCUGGAAAAAAACGAGAAGACUGGAUUUGUCCCUGACUUGAAUGAGUUUUUUACAGAAAACUUCCGUGGCCUUGGCAUUUUACCCGAACAGAAUUGUGAAGAUCGAUCUCUAGAUGACACCGAAUCGAUGUCACUUCAGUAUGAAAACCGCACGCUCUUGCGUGAGUGUGAUGACAAGCAUAUCAAGAAAAAGCUUGACUUGUGUUACAAGAUAAUCAUCGCUCCUGUGGUCGAUUUACUAACGGAGCCAGAGAUCAUAAUCGUCCCCGAUUCCUGUAUGUAUCAGAUACCAUUUACUGCCUUAACUGACGAAGAAGGAAAGUAUUUAUCGGAGUCGUUCAAGCUUCGCAUUGUUCCAUCGUUGACGACUCUAAAGCGUAUUCAGGACAGUCCUCCACAGUAUCACGAUCAAACAGGCGCACUGAUAGUGGGAGACCCUAAGGUUGGAGAGGUGAUUUGUAAGGAAGACAUGAUUAUAACAUCACUGCCUUGUGCAAGAAAGGAAGCAGAGAUGCUUGGAAGACUUCUUGGGGUAAAGCCUUUGAUUGGAGAACACGCGACAAAGCAGGCUGUACUUCAAGUGAUUCAUUCAGUGAGUCUGAUCCAUUUGGCUGCCCAUGGCAAUGCUGAAAGAGGAGAGAUUGUCCUUUCCCCCGACUGUCCCCCUGACUGUGUUCCACGAGACGAAGUCUACCUCUUGACGAUGGCGGACAUUUCACGACUUAAGCUACGAGCCAAACUGGUGGUACUGAGCUGUUGUCACAGUGCCGGUGGACAGAUUAAAGCAGAGGGAGUUAUUGGAAUCGCCCGAGCGUUCUUAGGAGCCGGUGCUCGCUCAGUGUUAGCGGCACGGUGGGCCUUAGAUGACACAGCCACAGAGAAGUUCAUGACUUGUUUCUAUAAACAGUUGUACCGCGGUGAGAGCGCCAGUGAAUCUCUUCACGAGGCCAGGAAAUGGAUGAGGAACAAUGGCUUUGAAGAAGUCUCCAAGUGGGCUUCCUUUAUGUUGAUUGGCGACAACGUGACAUUUGAUUUCGGAAUUUGGCCACAAUCUCCUACAACCAAGUAGCCACGAGUCAAAUAAAACCCCCGUAACGAAAUGAACUGGACUAAUUCAAGCUGGUAACUGUCAAUUGCCAUCGUGUACA